AUGAUUUACGUCAUUUUUACGACUGAGUCAUGGGACUUGCUGUUCACCUCAAGCUCGCAGUACAUCGAGAAAGGUUUGGAUAUUUUGCUCAAGAUUCCAAUUGCCCUAGUGGUAUUCAUUCCUUGGAUAAUUUUGAUGCGCAAACCCCAAAUCGCUUCUUUGUCGCGCGAUCUUGCAGUUUUCGAUAAGCUGAUGGCAAAGUGCAAUUAUCCACAUAACUAUCAGUUGUUACACAUAAUUGCAGCAUUUUUUGCUGCGACCAACGUCCUCAUUCCACUGAUAAUCUUAGCAGCAUUACGAGGUUUUGACUUCUGGGCUGAUCAUUUCCUGGUGCUCGGAUUCGUUGGAUAUUCCUGGUCGGGAGGUUUGCUGUUUAACACUACGUUCAAUAUACUGCUGUUUCACAUUUUGUACCGCAUUGAGGUUGUUAAUGAUUUACUAAGAGAUCUUUUGCAAACCAAUUGUUCUCAAAAUAGUGUAGUGGAAACUUUAGAGAAGAUCAAAACGAUCACGCGUAUGCACGAUAAACUCGGCGAUAUUGCGAACAAUUGUGCAAAGUGUUUCGCUAUCUCGAUUGUCUUAACAAUGUUGCACGUGCUAAUUUCGGAGAUUCUUACUAUCUUCGCAUUUGUUCGCGCCUUGUUCUACCAUCACGAUGUGGACGAAUUACAAGAUUGCAUAUUUUACAUACUUGGUACCACGAGUUAUUGCACGAUGCCGAUAGCAACCAUCUGGAUAGCAGGAGACAUGAAGAAACGAACCGUCGUCACCUCAAAGCUGAUUCAUCGCAUCAUCAACACAACGAAUGUGGUGGAAAUCGAGGAUCUUCUUCAGCAAUUUUCGGAACAAAUGAACCACCGUUCACCAAGUAUUGACUUUCGAUUGUUUGACGUUGGUUGGCCAUUGCUGGUGAAGGCUUGCAGUGAAGCUGCUACAUAUUUGAUUAUUAUGAUACAGUUCGAUACAAAACAGUAA